CUAAUCCACUCUUCUCCUCCUUCCUACAUCCCUCACUCCCUGCCUGCCUGCCUGUCAGAAGUCCCACAUAUCUCUAGAGAAUAAGAUGCCAUGGAGGCCAGAGGAAGAACAGCGCUUUAUGUCUGCUGUGUUCUCUUCACCCUAACAGACGUCAGCUCUGAGUUCAUCCACGUCCCUUCAUCGAUCCAUCAUGGUAUUGAAGGGAAGUCAGUGCUUCUGUCCGUUGAGACUCGCUUCCCGCUGGAUGAUGUUGAGAUCCAGGGAACUUGGUCCCACACCAGGCCGAGCGGCAUCAGAACCACGUUGGUUACGUUUACCAAAGAGACCACAAUCACUGACAUGAUGUACCGCAACCACCUCUUCUUUAGAGAACCCAAUGUGUCUUUGCUAAUACGGAAAGUGAACCAGGACGAUGAGGGGGAUUACCACCUGAACCUCAACAUAGCUUUUCAUAACGGGACAGGGCUGGUUAUCAAGGAGGAGAGAACUGUGCACGUAACAGUGGACGUCCCUGUGUCCACUCCAGUCAUUGAGAAGAGCCCAUCAUAUGCGGUUGUUGAGGACAAGGCCAACGUAACCUGGACUUGUUCUGUGGAGAGGGGAACAAGAGUGGUGUUCCAGUGGCUACGGGACAACGUCGCACUAGGUCUCAGCGACAGAUACCUCUUCUCCCAAGACAACUCUACAUUGUUAAUCAGUCCUGUGAGGAAAGAGGACAAGGGAACUUACCACUGUUUGGCCAGCAACGCUGUCAGCCAGGAGCGACACAGCAGGGCCGCGGAACUCAACGUCUAUUAUGGCCCCUACAACCUGGAGGUGAACUCAGACCAGGGCCUGCGGACAGGAGAAGUGUUCACCAUCAACCCUGGAGAGCUGGUCUUCUUUGACUGCCUGGCUGACUCCAACCCACCCAACAGCUACGUCUGGAUCUCUAAGAGCCGCAACGCCACGCAGGUCAUCACUGAGGGCCCACGGCUGGAGGUGCGCUCCUAUAGACUGGCCCAGGCAGAAGAGUACCUUUGCCGCGCCUUCAACAACGUGACGCAGAAGCAGAACGAGGCCCAGUUUACUCUGGUGGUGGCCAGCUUAGGAACAGGGAAAGAAAAGCACAGCCAAGAUGGCAGCCCUGUAACUCCUCUGGCAGCCAUUACCGUCUGCUCUUUGUUCGUCAUCGGCUGUAUGUUGCUGUUCUUCCUCAGGAGAACCUGCCAUCCUAAGAGAGUUCUUAUGAGCAUUUACAACAGACCACUUUCAGAGCAGAAACGACCACAUCGUUCAGGCCAUGAAGAUGCAACAGAAGACUUUGGCAUCUACGAGUUUGUUUCCAUACCUGGGAAAAUGGAAUCAGCACAGGUAUCAUGCAGAUCUCUGGCUCACCUCGAGUCAGUUCAGGAUAUGCACACCACCAUCUACGAUGUGAUCAGGCAUGUUCCUGAAACCCCGAGUCACAGUUUGCUGGAGUAAGCUGGAGAGUUGAGAUGGAACUUACAGUCAUUUCACUUGAAGAGUAGCUUUAUUCUCUGUUAUCAAAGCCUGAACCUCUGGCUUUGGUGGGCCAUUUUUUGCACAAGAGAUGACGGAGGCUUGAUCGUGCACUGUUACUGUCCACAGUUUGGGACGGAUGUCAAAUGACUUUUGCUGACAUUAUUGUGAGAUGAAAGUGCAUGUAUGGCUUAAAUGUUUUUUUUAAUUGUUUUUUUUAUGUGAAAGUACACAAGUUGAAACAGCUUUGCUUUUUUCAUUCAAAACUUUAGGUCAUACUAAACCAAGCAAGUAAGUCUUAAAGCAUGAUCUUAUGAGGUACAUUUAAGGUACCAAAACUGGUCAAAACAUGUUUAAUUUUAAAUACUAAGGUUUUAUUUGCCAUCUCAAUAAUAUAUUUCUAAUUUCCUAUUCCUGCCAAUGAGAGUCUGUUUUGUGACAAGUGUUAUGAUGAAUGUGUUCUCUUGUAUGAAAUAUAUUUAGGUUAAAUGUAAAUAUUGUACAUGGAUUACACGCCAGAUUCUUUAUUCUAUUUCUAUGUUUUUCUCCAAUCUAUUUAUUCCCAUAGAAACACUUAACCCUGUUUCCACAAAUGUAGCAUUUUUUUCAGCUCAACAUGGAUGUAAUGAAAUGCUGAAACAAGGAAAAGGAUGAACGAUUCUUAAAUUAUUGUACAGUUUGCAUUCACAUGCUUGUUUUCUACUUUAUUAAAUAUAUAACUGUUUACUAUUGUGGGUCAUUUUCAAAUGUGCAUACUCCAUUUCUGCAUUUAUAUUUGCACUUCUUUAUAUGUCUUUUUCAUAGAAUGGCAAUUGCAGUAAUGGCUUGAAAUGAACAAUUUUUUCAAUCACAGAUCCUGAGAAAACUAACAAAUAGCUGAAGCCAGCAAACAUGUCAGUUGUUCUGCUGCUUCACAGUCGGUCUUUGUCUAAUGUCUUGGCAGUGAUCUCUCUUCUCUAAGUGUUUGAGUUGUAUUUGUUCUCUCAAAUUGCUGCAGAGUGCUCGUUGCUGUCCGCCAAGUUGCAUUGGUAUGCUGUGUACCUGGCGCGAUAUGGAGACAGGCAGCAACAGACGGAUGGUUCAGUGUGUGGCAGAGUGCCCUCCACCUGCUCCUGCUGACACCUUGUCACGAGUAUACAAAAAUGUGUGGGCUUGCUUGUCUGCUUGUGUGUAUGUAAAAGAGAGGGAGAGGAAUGAUGAGGAAAUAGACACAGACCAGACACAAAGGUGUUUGUUUAGAAAAUAGAGGUCAGAAUUUAUUCACUCACUCUUCUGUUAUUUUCCUCACCUUUAACCACUUAAAGGCAGCAGUCUGCUUUCUGCUAGGAUUCAGCUUUUUCCCAAAAUAUUAUGUUGUCACUCAUGUACUGAGUGCUUCCGUUCAAAUUUAUAUCCAAUGCUUUAGCACAAAAAUAUCCAAACAAGCUAGAAGAUCUAGCAUUGAAACUUUUAAAACUUUUAAAAUAGAAACAUUUGAAUUGAUUUGGCCCUUAGGUGGUUUAUUUCCAAAGAAAACUGUGGACUUAUUAGGUGAAACUAAAUAAACGAAACUAUGCAGACAUUAUUACUUUAGAAUAUUGACAAUAUAUGUCAACAAGACAAAUUAUUGCACAUACUGUAUAUUAGUUUGCUUCUUCACUGGAUAAUAAACCUGAACUUCGGACUGAGUCAUAAAGUGCUGCAGCACUCAGUAUGAGGUUCAUAAGCAUGCUUCUCAUGAUGCUCACCUGCAGAACAACAAGCACUUUAUUGAAUCAAGCUCUAAUUAUAGCUGAUGAACUGACAAACUGAGUGUGCAGUGUCUUUGUGGUGGCAUCUCCGGGUAGGGGUUACAAUC